CGAGAAUUGUUACUCGUUAGGAACCACGGACCAACUGCUCCGACCCUGUCCUUGUUGACACGUCAGUCAAGGUUAGUUUGCGGUGCACAGAUGUCGUCUCCGUCGACUGCGUGGUGUUUCAACUCGCAAUCGGUUAUUUAUCUACACAACGAGAGGCUUCGCUACAGAUCGCAUAUUUCGAAGGUACAAUGCAGAGAUUGGAUGCAGAGAGCACGGAAAUCAUUUAUGCUUCCUGGCUUCUGAUCAACGAACAGAAAGAGCCAGAGCGACUGCAUUUUGCCUAGUGGCUCGCGCAAGUGAUGGACUUUUUUUGAAUGAAGAGAUGGAAGUAUCCGGCUAGCAGCUGCUUAUUCCCGUAGCGCAGGCGAUCUAAGUGCAAGAUGUCGUGGCGCGUGCGGACCGAUGAGCCCAAAUACCCGAAGGGCUUUAUCACACAGAAGAAGACUCGUAGCAAAUCACAUUUGUAAUGCGGAAAUAUAUACGCAGAGACACUACAUCGUCGGUGAGCUGGCCAAGUACAAUUAGGCAAGAGAGGGUCUGGUGUAUAUUUGUUUUUGCAAUACAAGUAUGUUUGUAUUCUGUGCUAUUUUUUUUCUGUGGCAUAGGGUUUCCGGAGUCCAUGGACCGCGACGGCGGACUAUACAAUGCGUGGUGGCAGCGCGGGGGGAAUCAGAUCGCGGAAUUUGUAAUCAAAUAAACACACUUGUUGUUAGAACCUAGCCAUACGAUUUGAUGAUGCUUUUCAUGCAAGGCGGCCUGCAGGCUCGCGCACACAUUUGAGCUCGAUCUAUUAAGUUCUCAUCCAGCUGAAGAUGGUUCGUGCGCGGCCAAAGUAAACCACAGCAGAAUUUUCAUUCGUCACAGAAGACACAUGAAGCGUCGCUGUGGAAGAGUGAGGAAAUUGUGCAUUCAUGUCUUUUAGUUCUUCACGGGCUUGCAAUCGGGCCACAACCUUUGUGGACCCGGCGGUUUAUUGUUGAAUCAAAACGCUUUUACAGAUCGAGAAGGAGCACAUGUACCGCGCGAAGUUUUCCGCCCCUCCAGAGUGGAUAGAAACGAAGCCCUUCAAGGACGUGGACAAAAAGUUUGCGAAGCUCCAGCUCUUAAAAAAUACGGACUUCCGGAAGAAGAUAGGUCGUCGCAAGAUGUUGUCCACGGAAAAGCGCGAAGCGGGCGGGUGCAGCGUGCUAAGCGACGGGAGCGACGAUUCCCCAAGCCGGGUCCGAACCUCCGCUGCAGGACAGGCGGUGCCCAGUGCGGUGCUGGGUUCGGGCGGCAGCAGUUCCGUAUCCGAGCUCAUGAAACUCGAGGAAGGCGCGACCGUGUCGCCCGAAGAGUUGGCUCGCCGAAAGAGCACACGGGAAGCAGCCAACGAUCGGCGGUUCUACAAGGAACGGGGCAGCAAAGGUGUCAAGUAUCUUGCGUUGUAUUUCGCGAGGAUCUCUUCGAAUAGGGAUCUUCGAAUGCUGCUUUUAUACAAGAUUUUUAGCAGCCGAUAUUGAUCUUGACUUUCCCUUCGUAGAGAGUAUACGAAUCUCAGCCACAGUUGUUGGCGUUGUGGUACCUCUUCAAGAGGAUGAAGUAGAUCUGCAGACGUUUUAUUGAGCAUUCUUUAUGAUUUGAUGUCGCGUUGGGAUGGUGAUGGAGGCUAGGAAGUUGUUCAUCUAAGCUGUGCAUACUCAAAAGGAAAUCAAGAUGCCUAUCGAUACUACUGUCCAAGGAAUCGUAACUGGAUAAAAUUGGAAUUGCGCAGGCACCUACAAGUUCGGACAGGAGCCAACGGCAGAGGAUCUGAAAUACCUGAAUCGAACGCAAGACGAGCGCACCGCUGCAGGAAAGUCGGGAACCUACAGGUGAAUAAAGAUGAGGUCUGCGUUGGUAGAAGCGCGGCAACUAAUUUGCGUUACAAACCAUGCAAACGGAACUGCGCUUGUGCGACGUGGCAUGGUUCGUUAUUUCUGGUCUUAUUAAAUUUCCAAGAUACCACUUUUCGUUUUCCUCGACUCGUGGUAACAUAUCACUAGUGAUAUUUUUCUUACUUACAUAUAAGGUUCGACGAUAAGUGCACGGAGGACUACUCGCAGAAAUGGGCGGAGAAGCCAGCAAAUGCCCUUGCGGACCGAGUGCCUCCGGAAUCCGCCGCCGCGUUUGCGGAACUGACAAGGAACAAUCAGAAUGACCCCAAGCUGCUGAACGAGGAGAGGCGCGUGCUCGGAAAGAAGACCGAACACAAAAUUCGGGAACAGGACGAGGAGCGGAGGCGAAACAACACGAACAGCCGCGGAAGUAGUACCCAAUCCACCCGGAAGCUACCCAGCGCCCAGGGCAUUACGGUCGACGUGGCCCAGGAGCUGUGGUACCUUGACCCGCUCCCCGAGGCAGCGUUCGAAAGAAGCACGAGCUCCACGGCCCCGAACGCGCAUAGGAACGCGAAAAAAAAGAAGAAGAGUGACAGCACCCAACUGCUUCCCGGGGCGUUAGAUGCGGAGGCCUGGGUGAAACCGGAUCUCGACCCGGAGCGUGCGAGCGCAACUACGACGAGUACCAGUUUUGUCUUUUGCUUGUUAAAGUCGUGUGAGGAGUAACGCUGCACUUCCUAUUUUCUAGAACAUUACGUACAACAGCAGCGUUGCAGCAGUGUUAAUGGCCAUGCAUGUUCCAUGAUGGAGAAAGCAUGCGCUCAUGAUCAAUCACUGGCAAAAUCAAACAGACUUGCGGGGCUCAGCGAAAUACACGCAGCAUAUCAAAGUACCGAAGCACUUGAGGCGAGAAAUGAUGGGAAUGAAAAAGGGCGGCCCGCUCUUACCCUACAAGGCUCUCCAGCGGCUCACGACGUACAGCGACCUGGACUAUUCGCUGCUGCGAACGGUACUUUUCGUUUUCCUUGUUCUUUCGACGGUGUGUGUAGAAUCCAAGACCAGUGGGUGGUGCGGAGAUGAAUUUGUAGUUUGCACUGUUUUCAAGAGCGAGGAAAGAAUUCCUUGAAGCAACUGAAAAGGAAAGGGCGCUGCGUCCGCAGGACUUGGCCAUCAAAGUUGCUUCUGCAUAUUUCUCGGCUGACUCACUCUUACUUUUGUUUCUAACCAAACAGGACCUGCAAGAAGAGGUGAAGAAGACGGGGGAAAUUAAGCAAUAUUUCGAUCGACAUCCAUAUUUUCGGAAAGGGCAGAGGUCGAGAUUCUACAACAAUAGUAACCGCGUCGCAGAGCUCGUGCACGCAGGUAGCCUAUUCUUUCAGUGUUUUCAGUAAGAAAAGACCCGCAGAUUUUCAUCAUCUGAAUAGUUUCUCUUCUCGGAGAGAGUUGGUUUCCUCUAGGGCAUCAAGAGAAACUGGCGAGGAACGAAAAACUUUCGGAGAAAAACAAUAAAUAACUUGCAGGGGCGGCAGAGAACUUCCCAGGGUGGGAUUCAGACGCAAAACAGUAUCCGGGGUAUCCGUUCUAUAAUGAGGAGGACGGGCGGGAGAGGGACCCGUUGCGCAAGCACGUAGGCGAGGACACGUUUGCAGCAUGGGACAAACCCCUGAUCAGCGAACCGAAGGAGCGCCAGUUCUCGAAGCCCACGGAAAAGAUGCGGAUGCUCGAAAAGCAGUUGCUAGCGCAGUCCCAGUAUCCUGUGCAAAAGCACUGUCGCAGCCGUACAACAUACUGCAUCAAUAUUGUGUGACAAAUGUUGAUUUACGGUCACUCUCUCGACCAUUGAUUGCUGUUUUCUUGAAAAAUGAAGAGUUAGUAUUGUGCAAUCGAUCCGACGACCAGGCAGAACUACUCGUGCGACGAUGCUUUUGCCUUGCAUACCAAGCCCAUAUCGGACGCGUUCCCACCGGACCAUGACAGCGAUCCGGAUGAGCCUUAAAAACGGCACCGGGGAUGAAGCAGACUGCACAGGAAUGUGAAUUUUCCAGCUCCAACAUCGGACGGGAGACGCAUCAUUGUGUUGUAUGAUAAUAUCUUGCGCAUGCGCCCCCCGGUUCUCGAGGAGGCAAGAUCUGCGGAGCAAAAAAUGCAAAAUGCCUUCUGUGAUUGAUGUUUAGCCUCAUGCGUGAGCUUUGUUCUGCUUCUGCGGGGAGCUGGGCGCGGACGCGCGAGCUCUACUACUUAUUCAAUCCAAUUUAUACAUAAGAGUCUGAAAUAUAGCGUUCCAACCAAUGACGAACUCGUGAAGAAUCCAAUCAAAAGCAAAAAAGAGCGCGACGCUGUGAAUGUUACCUUUGCCAUUUAGGUCGAGUUUUCGCUCGAUCAAGAGUUAAGCUAAUGAAGAGCGACGGGAUGAAGUGCCAACAAGUUGUCACUCCUCCUUUGGCAAUGUGCUUAGCAGCUCGUUGUUGUACAAUAUGACCAAGAUGACACUGUAUUUUGACGGCGAACUACUGAACACUCACACUGUAUUUUGACUUUGUACUAUCCACCGACAGACUUCUCGGAAAAUGAAUGCGGAAGGGCCUGAAUAAAGGUGCUUUCGCGUGACUGACUCCGUCACAGGACGGAUGCAUGAUUGUUUGCAAGCUGUAAGCGUGACUUGUGUACAUGGGAUGUUGCGUUUCUCAAGCACUGAACUAGCCCCUCUUUCCGGGGAAUUCGCCCGGGUUUUAUUCGCUGAUGGAGAUUGAUUGGCGCGG